AUGGUUUCUUUAACUGAAGGUCAGAAGGCGACUAUAAGUCCUGAAGCAGUCGAAUUUCUCUCCAAGAUUCGCCAUCCACCACUAGCCAAUACCAUCUCAUCCUUCAUAACAUCACCAUGUCGAGUCCCAGGUCUCCGACAGGGCUUUACAGAAAAGACAGCUCCUGGCGAAGCCCUCUUAGUUGAGAAGCAUAAACUUCAGAUUACCGAGACUCUCAUUGCCGGUGUCGCAGUUGUCAUAAUCGAACCGCCAAUCAUCAAGCCUGAGAAACAGAACAAGAUACUGUUCAAUGUUUUUGGAGGAGCGUUCAUCAUGGGCAGCCCCCGAGAUAGAGCUGCACUGACCAUGGCGGUUGAACUUGGUAUCUGGGUCUACUCGGUCGACUACACCAAAUCUCCUGAGGCCAAGUAUCCUGAAGCUCGGGAUCAAUGUCUUGCUGUAUACCGCGAGCUCCUGCAAAACGGCCCUCCUGGCGGCGCUCCUGUUGACCCCUGCGAUAUCCACGCCAUGGGAUGCUCUUCAGGAGCGCAGAUACUCGUCUCGAUGCUUCUUGUCGCGAGACAAAAAGGUCUUCCCAUGCCUACAGCUGGGAUGUAUCUCUGCACGCCUGCCCUCGACCUGAGUGGAGCUGGUGAUUCAAUGGUCUUCAACUCUUUGGGGCGCGAUAUCAUGCCUGUCAGUCUUCUCACUGGUAUGGUAUCGCAGAACUAUGCCCCCAACGGAAUUGAUGUGACGGAUCCGCUUUACUCGCCUAUUUACGCUGACUAUGAUGACUCUUUCCCGCCGACUAUCAUAACUGUCGGGACGCGGGACUUUGCACUCAGUCAUGCGAUACGGCUCUAUUGGAAGUUAAGAGAAGCUGGUGUCAACGUAGAGCUGCUGGUUUCCGAGGGAAUGUGGCAUGGCUUCAACUGGGAUCCAGUCAUCCCUGAGGCAAUCAGGACUCGUGCUGCAGUGAUUGAAUUUCUGGAGCGCCGGACAUAG